AUGAAGGCCGUCGAAGCCUUUGUCGACGGACUCAACAUCCUGUCUGUCAUCAUUCUUUACUCACUACUAUGGCUCAUCACUCCCAAGAUGCCAAAUCCUGACCCGUCGGGCCCCAAGACAAACAAGGUUUACGAUGUGCUCAUGCGAGUGUCGUACAUCAUCAUCUUCAUCCUCGGCUGGAUCUGGUGCAGCAAUGUCAUGGCUCAAGUUGACAAGCCGUACCUCGUAAGCCCAGCGCCCAUCCCUCAGAUCGAUUCAUCCCCGUGUCCUAACAGGAAACAGGAUGAGAUAUUUCACAUUCCUCAAGCCCAGAAGUUCUGUCAGGGAAGAUGGGAGGAGUGGGAUGACAAAAUUACCACCCCGCCCGGCUUGUACAUCUUAUCCAAGUACUACCUCCAAGUGAUGAUGAGGCCCGGGUGCUCCGUCCUCGACCUCCGCGGCGUCAACAUCAUCGCCGUUCUCGGCGUCGGCAUCCUCGCAACCCACUGCCGCCACCUUCUCGAGACCCGUCGUCCCGACGCCAAGUCCCCAGCCCCGCCAGCCGUGCUCUCCUUCCACUCGAUUCAUCUGGGCUGGAACAUUGCCCUGUUCCCCGUCCUCUUCUUCUUCUCGGGUCUAUACUACACCGACGUCGUCUCGACCUUGUCGGUCCUGGUCGCUUACUACCACCACCUCCACCGCGUUCGCGAGGAGCGCAGCUCAUUCUUGAGCGACUGGACCACCAUGAUCCUCGGCGUCCUGACACUCGUCAUGAGACAGACCAAUGUCUUUUGGGUGGUCGUGUACAUGGGCGGCUUAGAAGCCGUCGCCGCCGUGAAAGCUUUGCGCCCUGAUCCGGUGGCCAAGCCCAACACAACAACAGUCGGCGAGUUUGUUCGAUUCUACGCAUGGAGGUAUUCUAUUGGGGACGUCCACGAUCCACCUCUCAACACUGCUUGGCCGGACGACGUGUUCUUUUCCGCCCUGAGCAUCGGCAUCGCGGCUCUGGCUAACCCUCUUCACGUGCUCAAGAAGAUCUAUCCGCACAUCGUCACCAUGGCCCUCUUCGCCGGCUUUGUCGCCUGGAACGGCGGCGUCGUCCUCGGUGACAAAUCCAACCACGUUGCGACAAUCCAUCUCGCUCAGAUGCUCUACAUCUGGCCUCUCUUCGCUUUCUUUUCUUUCCCGCUCUUCCUUCCCUCCGUCAUCGGGGUCCUCCGCUUUAUUCAUGGCUUGUUUGGCACGAUCUUCAAGACGAGCACUGUCAAGUCCGUACAAUCUGACAACGGCACAUCCAGCCGCAAGCACACUCUCGGCGGAUCCACACAAGACGGCUCAACAAAGAAACAGAAGCUCCAAAGCCAAAACUCAACAGAGCAACACAGCUCAGCCCAGACCCCCACAACAUCUCACGUCCUCACCCUCCUCCAGAAGCUCAUCGGAUCCAAACUCUACCAAGUCCUCCUCACGCCCUCCCUCCUCCUCUUGACUCUCCUGAUCGUCAAGUUUAACACCAUUAUCCACCCCUUCACCCUCGCAGACAAUAGACACUACAUGUUCUACGUCUUCCGCUACACGAUCCGCCGCCCGGGUCUGUUCCGCUACUACCUCGUCGCCCCCUACACCCUUGCCCGUUGGCUAUGCUGGGACGCCCUCGGCGGCUGCGGCCAGGGCGGCUGCCUCUCGGACCACACCGCGGACUGCUCGGGACGAUACACCGCUCUCCGACCGAGCCCGUGGCACAACAACCCCUUUAGCACACCAACCCCGUACCCCCGCGAAGCAAAACCGUCGGCGACGGAGCCUCUGGAGGACUCUGAGACUGUAGCAUCAUCAGCAGAGAGGAAGGAGGCAAAAGACCAGCACAACCCUUACGCCAUCAUCACCCUGGCCGAUCCGACAUCAUACACCACCGAGCCCACCGCCUCAUCAACCGCAAUCCUCCUCCUCCUCGCGACGACCCUCUCGCUGAUGACGGCACCCCUCGUUGAGCCGCGCUACUUCAUCCUCCCCUGGGUCUUCUGGCGCAUUCUCGUACCCGCGUGGAGGCUCCACGAGCACGCGGCCACACAUCCAGCCCUUGCAAAGACUGAAAGGCUCCCUGUGCUGGGUUCCUUGGUCAGAUUUGGGAAGAAAUUUGAUGUCCGGCUCGUUCUGGAGACACUUUGGUUCGCGAUUGUCAACCUGGUGACCAUGUACAUAUUCCUCGCCAAACCGUACCUGUGGAGGUCAGAGGACGGCAGGGUUUUAGAGAACGGUCGGAUGCAGCGAUUCAUGUGGUAG